AUGUUCCUAGCUUUUUCGCUUUGCACGGAGUUAAUUUUUUUUUUUCAUUUAUUUAAGGUGAUCCAGGCGUUGCGUGCUUCAUUUUUCAGUGGAGACCGAGCCGUCGAAUAUUUGUGUUCUGGAAUACCUGAAGAAGAGGAAGUGGGAGCUGGCGAUGAGGAGCCGUCUGGACAGGAGGGUUCGCAGCGUUUAGAGUUUCUUCGUAGUUUACCGCAAUUUGAGCAGCUCCGUGAGUUAGUGCGAUCAAAUCCUGCGGUUUUGCCGCAGAUAAUCCAGCAGAUUGCUAAUUCUAACCCUGGAUUAAUGGAGGCUAUCCAGAACAACCAGGAAGAGUUUCUGAAUUUAAUUAACGCCACUGAUUCUGAGCCUUUUGGGAUUGGAGGUGUUGCUGGGGCAGGUCAUCGUGGUGACCGACAGAGGGGAGUCCCUAUCGAAGUUACACAGUCGGAACGAGAAGCUAUUGAACGCUUAAAAGCGAUGGGUUUUCCGGAAUACCUUGUUAUUGAAGGCUAUUUUGCGUGUGACAAGAAUGAGAACCUUGCCGUAAAUUAUAUCUUGGCCCGACUUGACGAAGCAGCGGUAAGACUUUAUUCAAGGUGCUUGUGA